AUGGAAACACAUAAAACAGAACAAGCAACCACAUCGGCAGUGUCAAUAGAAGCUGCAGCAAAUCAAACUCCAUCUGCUGCAACACGUCACUUGCCACAUAACAAUCCAACUUUUCAAUUACCACUAUCGGAAGCACUAAAAGAAGCAGCGAGAAUCCAGGAGUUCCGAGGAGAUAAUACAUACGACGUCACAUCAUUUAUUAAUGAAGUCGAACUUUUCAUCGACUUGUUUGCCGGUACCAACGUGGAGGAGUAUUUUUAUAAGCGGCACGUCCAAAAAAAAAUUCAAGGAGAAGCAGCUAACACAAUUAGAGCCCUCGACAAUCCAAGCUGGACAGAAACAAAACAAGAACUCCUGAGGAAUUUUGGAGUUCGCGAAUCGUAUCAUCAACUGUACCACAAGGCGCUGAACGUAAGAAAUUAUAAUGGGCAAUGGACAUCAACAGGUAUAUUAAUCCUGAUGAUAAUACCACUAGUAAUGUCAACAUUAAUAAUCCAACCCAUCAACGAAAACCAUAAUGGAUAUGUCGAAAUAAAAUUAACUGAUGUACAACUAAUUGCGGACUAUACAACUAUACUACAUAUUAUAGAUCUUACUGAAACCGAAAAGACAAUAGAAAACCUCCAAGAAAACGUAGAACAACUUAAAAUAAUAGAUAAUAAGGAACUUCUCUUAUCAGAAAUAAAGAAAGCUAGGACUAGACUACAUACCCUCCAGAUAAACAAAAUAAAAGAGGUCUACUCAACAUCGUAG